AUGUCCCAAACCGAUAUGAAAGUUUGUAGUAACUAUUUUCUGGUCGAUCCGACCAAAGCAAGUGUUCUUGAUCUCCUUCUCCUUUUGUUUUUCCCCAGCCUGGCCAAUACAGGAUUCAUAGAUUCUCCACCGGACACACUCAAAAGCGUCCAGACAACUUUCGCAAGUCGAUGGAUCAUUGUGUUAGCCGUUUUGGUUCAAAAGAUAUUAAUGCUCUUAAGAAAACCCUUUGCAUCGGUAGGUCGUUUCCUCACCUAUUGGCCUAAUCUUCUUACGGCAAAUGGAGGCUUCUUCAAGUUGAUACUUCAUCUUUUGACAGGAAAGUUGGUAAAGCCUGAGGAAUCUUCGGCCACAUAUGUGUCGUUUGUAGGAUGCACAGAUCGAAGAGUAGAGCUUGACAAGAAGAUAAGUGUUGGUACCAUCGACUACAAGUCGAUGUUGUCAAUAAUGGCUUCUAAAGUCUCUUAUGAGAACAAAUCUUUCAUCACUUCUGUAGUCAAGAACACUUGGGAGGUCAAAUUCAUCUUCCUUUCUCUUUUUUUUUUUUCAUUCCAAAAAAGAAACCUGACUCAAGCCUUCCUGUUCAAGGCAUCGAGUACAAAUCCAAAUCUUAUCGUCGUUAGCUUCAGAGGAACCGAGCCAUUCGACGUUGAUGAUUGGUGCACUGAUCUCGACAUCUCUUGGUACGAGAUGAAAAACGUUGGCAAAGUUCACGCAGGCUUCUCAAGAGCUCUAGGCCUCCAAAAAAACGGAUGGCCCAAAGAAAUUAUACCUCUAGGACACCAAUAUGCUUACUACACAAUUAGACAGAAGCUUAGGCACAUGUUUGCAAAAAACAAGAACCUUAAGUUUAUCCUAACGGGUCACAGCCUUGGUGGCGCACUAGCCGCUCUUUUUCCGGCAGUACUGGCGAUUCACGGUGAGGAUGAGCUGCUAGAUAAAUUAGAGGGAGUUUACACAUUUGGACAGCCACGCAUCGGGGAUGAGGUGUUUGGGGAGUUUAUGAAAGAUGUGGUGAGAAAGCAUGGAAUAGAGUAUGAGAGGUUUGUUUAUAACAACGAUAUUGUGCCUAGAAUACCCUUUGAUGACAAGGUUUUAUUCUCGUUCAAGCACUACGGUUCUUGCAAUUACUUCAAUAGUCUCUACAAAGGACAGGUAAGGGAGGAUGCACCAAAUGCGAACUACUUCAGCUUGUUGUGGCUAAUACCGAAGCUAUUAAAUGGUGCGUGGGAGUUCAUAAGAAGUUUCAUAAUGCAGUUUUGGAAAGGCAGAGACUACAGAGAAAAUUGGAUUAUGAGGUUUAUAAGGGUUUUCGGAAUAAUAUUCCCAGGUGCCUCUAAUCAUCUCCCAUAUGAUUACGUCAACUCCACACGCUUGGGAGGCUUGGUUCGACCCAUUUCUGCCACUACUCCAGAGGAUAAACUAGCCCUUAUUGCUUAGAACUAAAGCCACUAUAAAUUUGUAAUAAUCGUGUCUACAUUAUGUGAUCUUGUUGGGUUGAAUAAGUUGUACUGGAGCAUUUACUUUCUGUUAUAUGUGUGACUUUUAAGUGUUAUAAUAAUGUUGGUA